UUCUUCGCUUCUUCUAUUCAUUCUUCCUGUUUCGGAGAUUAUGGAAAUCGUUUCUUCUCCAAAUCCUUCUCCAAUCAUACAUGUCUUGAUGAACGUAGAUGGCCAGUGGUUGUCCAACAUUCAAUUUCAGAGCGCAACCUCCAUCGCCAUUGAAAUUCCUUUCUGUUGCAAGUGGAUUGAAUUUUGUGGAAUUGUAUACAAUUCGUUGGGCCUAAGAGAUCCUGUUCGUGCUAUACGUAUUUCAUAUGUGUUUCAAGCAUGUCCUCCACCGCUUAUCAUCAAUGACGAUUCCAGCUUCAGUUUUUAUCUUCAGAUGAAAAUCAUUCAAUCGGACUUAAACCAACUUCCUCUUUGUGUAGAGUUUGUUCCCCCGUUUCAAGGAUGUACUGAAAGUGUGUCAAACACGAUUAAUUACUCUUUUUCGGAUGAUGAAGUUUUGGAUGGUUUUGAGGAUUCCGAAAUAUUAGCAGCAACAGACCAACAAACAAUGCACUGUAGUGAUGUUUUGGAGGAUUCUGAUUUCAGCCCUUCGUCUUUUGAUGAAGAUGUUAUGAAUGAUGACUUCAUAUCUUCGGUUGAGGUUCCUCUGUGUUCUGUUGUUCCCCACUUUGACCCCACUCGUCUUGCUCUGGACGCAAUAUAUGAAAGCAAGAAGGAUUUUAGUUUUAACUUGAAGAUGUAUGCAAUAACUAAUUUUUUCCAAUACCGAACAAAGUCAUCUUCUCCUAAGGUGUUACAUGUUAUUUGUGUGGAUCCUGCUUGUCUGUGGGCUGUUCGUGGAGUUCUCUUGGAUGAAAGUGGCUUGUUUCAAGUGCGUAGAUUUGAUAACGAUCAUACUUGUCCCAUUGAUAUUAGACAAGCUAAUAGUCGCCAGGCUUCUUCCUCUCUUAUUGCUGAACUGAUCAAGCAUGAAUUUGAUGACUUGUCCAAAAGAGCUUACACACCUCAUUCAAUCAUGAGAGAUAUGAAAAGAUUGCAUGGAAUUGUCAUGUCAUAUAAAAAGGCUUGGGUUGCAAGGGAAAUUGCAUUGAAAUUGGCUCGGGGAUCUGAGAAGGAGUCGUACAAUAGACUUCCUUCUUUGUGCUACAUGCUUGAUAAAGCAAAUCCAGAUUCGAUUGUUUCAUAUUCUUGUACUGAAACUGGAGAAUUUCAGAACUUUUUUAUGUCUCUUGGUCCAUGGAGACGUGGAUGGGAGAAGUGCAUUCCAGUUAUUGUUGUUGAUGGAUCGUUUUUGAAAUCGUAUUACAAGGGAACACUUGCAUUUGCUAUUUGCAGUGUUGAAAAUACUGAUAACUGGACUUGGUUUUUCAACAUGUUGAAGAAUUGUCUCAACCAUAGAAAUGGUUUGUAUAUCGUGUCUGAUCGGCAUGAAGGAAUUAUAAAUGCCGUUCAUUCUGUCUUUCCAUAUGCGGAACAUGGAUAUUGUGUUUAUCACAUAUUAGGCAAUAUAAAAUCCAAGUUUAAAGGUUCUGCAAAGGUGUUGUCUUGGAAAUUCUUACAAGCAGCGAGAGCGGGUUCUGUUUAUGAAUGUGAAGAGUAUCUUUCCAGGCUUGAUUAUGAUGACCCGCGUAUACGUACGUACUUGCAAAAGAUUGGUAAUGAGAAGUGGUCUCGUGCAUAUGCUAGCCGCAACCGUUAUUCUGUGAUGAUGUCUAACAAUGCGGAGUCUUUGAAUGCUGUUUUUGUCACGGCUCGUGAGUAUCCCAUCUGCAAGUUGAUUGAGUUUAUAGUACGCACAAUGCAAACAUGGUUCUGUGAACGCAGAGAAGAAGCUGCAUCAAACAGAUCUCGACUCUCUGCUUACUUUGAGGCGCAAUUACGGCUAUCGCAAUCAAAUGUUGCAUUAAUGCAGGUCAAGCCAUCAUGUAUCUUUGAAUUUGAGGUCUUUGAUGUGAAAGGAAGAUCAUAUGUUGUCAAUUUAAGAGAAGGGACUUGUACAUGCCGUGAAUUUGAACUUGAUGGCUUCAUAUGUGUUCAUGCCAUCGCUGCAAUCCGUUCUCGUCCGGGACUUUCUGCUUAUGACUACAUUCCUGAAUAUUAUACUACACAGAAAUGGUUUUCAGCUUACGAGGGCAUCAUUCAUCCCAUCGGUAGUCCCGAUUGUUGGGUUGUUCCCCAUGACGUAUCACAAAUCAUUUGCAGCCCUCCAUCUUGUUCUAAGAGACCUCCUGCAAGACCCAAGAAGCGACGUAUUCCAUCUACCGGUGAUUCGGUGAACAUGUGCGUCGACAAAAGUGUACACGUUGCUCAAUGGUUGGUCACAAUAGGAAGACAUGCCGAAAC